AUGAUUGCCAAAAGAUUCGGGCAGGCGCUAUUUUUAGACUGUGGCCUGAGGGGGGAGGGGUAUAGGCUCGUAGCGGCGGGGGCACAGUCGGAGCGGGGUGAGGGGACCGGGCCAGGUCGUUGCCACCGCGGCUAUCGAUCGCCGCCGGAUAAGGCACAGGGCUCACGGUGUGAGUCCGCCCUGCGCCCCCCACGUGAGCGCCUGGUGCCC